UUGCAUUGCAUUGUUUUCAUUUUAGAAGCGUCGCAAUAAUUCACAUUCACCUUCACCAGUUCGUAGAUAUAAACGCAAAACGACCACCUGAGAGUAUACUUAAAUUAUGAACUUUCUGUUCUAACCUUUUUUUGCUUUCGUAGUGAAUUGUUAUAAGAACAAUAAUAACACAUUUUUGGGGACUACCAAAAAAUCAGCUGUAGACAGACUAUCAAGUCAAACAAAGGAACGCUGACGCAUUGCGUGUGAGUGACUGAAAAAGAGACACCGAGACAGACAGAGAGUGAGAGGGAACGAGCCCGAGCGAGCGUGCAAGAGAAGCGAAAUGGGACGCAUCUUUCUGGAGCAUUUGGGUGGCGUGAAGCUAUUCAAUUGCGCUCAGUGCCAAACGAAUCUAACAAAUCGCAGCCAAUUGAUCAGCACACGGUUUACUGGAGCAACUGGUCGUGCCUAUCUGUUCAAGCGAGUUGUGAACCUGACCUUCAGCAAUAUACAGGAACGUGUAAUGCUAACCGGUCGUCACAUGGUCCGGGACGUUAUGUGCAAAAAUUGCGGAGCCAAGUUGGGUUGGAUGUAUGAGUUUGCAACCGACGAAACACAAAAAUACAAAGAGGGACGCGUUAUAUUGGAAUAUGCCCUGAUUACCGAAGCCGAAGGUUUUGCAUCGGAAGCGCCUAGCACCAGUCAUUGAGGAAUCUGCAAUUGCAACAAAUCGUAGUAGUAUUGACCAUAGUCACAGUCGUUGACACUCGACUAUGCUAUAGAGAUCACGUAUACACCUAACUAAAUGUAAAAAUCGUGGAUAUCUUAACCCAUUAUUAUGGGGGGCAUUUAUCCCUUCUUGUCUUAACGUUACUUAAAACGUAGUUUUUAAAGGCAUUUUUUUUAUGCUUCAAUUAGCAACUAAGGGCAGGCAAAAUGUCAUGAGGCUGAACUGCUUAAAAAAAAGAAAGAGGAAAGGGGAACAAACAAAUGAUUAUGAUGAGAUGAGGACGCUCUUGACUAGAUCCAGUUCCCACUCCGAUUUUGCUGGAUGUUGGGCUGGUUGGAUCAACAAUUUCGUGUCGAAAUCUUUUACAUAGCAACAAUAAUAGUUCUAAUAAUUAUGAUAAUAAACUACAAAUUAUUCGAAUCCUUAAGGAAA